AGGAAGUGGCCCUGGCACUUCCGGUACAGGAAAGUCUUCGCUGCAGCUCUGCCGGGCUUGACAGGCGGUGGGUUCCUGCAUGUAGCUCGCUCUCUUCUUUCGCCUUCCUCCGGUCUUACUUUCAAGCUCAUUUGCCACCGCCGUCGCCGCAGCUCCUGACUCCUGAGCCGCCCCUUCCCCAUGUUCCGGGGCAGGAGUCCUGAAAGCGAAAACCCGCUCGCUGGUACCCCAUCAUGUCCGAACUGACUAAAGAACUGAUGGAGCUGGUGUGGGGCACCAAGAGCAGCCCCGGCCUCUCCGACACCAUCUUCUGCCGCUGGACGCAAGGGUUUGCGUUUAGUGAAUCAGAGGGAUCUGCAUUAGAACAGUUUGAAGGUGGCCCCUGUGCUGUUAUUGCACCUGUUCAGGCAUUUCUUUUGAAGAAGCUCCUGUUUUCUUCUGAGAAGUCAUCUUGGAGGGAUUGUCCAGAGGAAGAGCGGAAGGAACUCCUUUGUCAUACCUUGUGUGAUAUUUUAGAAAGUGCUUGUUGUGACAACUCUGGAUCCUACUGCUUGGUUUCAUGGUUAAGAGGAAAGACAACUGAGGAAACUGCUAGUAUUUCUGGGAGUCCUGCAGAGUCUAGUUGCCAAGUGGAACCUUCUUCUGCCUUGGCUGUCGAAGAGCUUGGCUUUGAGCGAUUUCAUGCAUUAAUUCACAAAAGAUCAUUCGGAAGUUUAUCAGAAUUAAAAGAUUCUGUCUUGGACCAGUAUUCAAUGUGGGGAAACAAAUUUGGAGUGUUGCUUUUUCUAUAUUCUGUGUUACUGACAAAGGGUAUCGAAAACAUAAAAAAUGAAAUUGAAGAUGCAAGUGAACCUUUGAUAGAUCCUGUGUAUGGACAUGGCAGCCAAAGUUUAAUUAACCUCCUAUUGACGGGACAUGCUGUUUCUAAUGUAUGGGAUGGUGAUAGAGAAUGCUCAGGAAUGAAACUUCUUGGUAUACAUAAACAAGCAGCUGUAGGCUUCUUAACAUUAAUGGAGGCUUUACGAUACUGUAAGUUGUUACUUCUCCAGUCUCAUACCCACAAGUCAGGAGCUACAUCUUCCCUUGCUAUCCAGUCAAACUUCCAUACGGUAUUUCCUAUUAUAGUUGGUUCUUACUUGAAAUCUCCAAAGUACCCUAUUUGGAUUGUCGGCAGUGAAACUCACCUCACCGUAUUUUUUGCCAAGGAUAUGGCUUUAGUUGCCCCGGAGGCUCCUUCAGAACAAGCCAGGAGAGUUUUUCAAACCUAUGAUCCAGAAGAUAAUGGGUUCAUACCUGAUUCACUUUUAGAAGAUGUGAUGAAAGCAUUGGACCUUGUUUCAGAUCCUGAAUAUAUAAACCUCAUGAAGAACAAAUUAGAUCCAGAAGGAUUAGGAAUCAUAUUGUUGGGUCCAUUUCUUCAAGAGUUUUUUCCUGAUCAGGGCUCCAGUGGGCCAGAGUCUUUUACUGUCUACCACUACAAUGGAUUGAAGCAAUCAAAUUACAAUGAAAAGGUCAUGUAUGUAGAAGGGACCGCAGUUGUUAUGGGUUUUGAAGAUUCCAUGCUACAGACAGAUGACACUCCUAUUAAACGCUGUCUCCAAACCAAAUGGCCCUACAUCGAAUUACUCUGGACAACAGAUCGCUCUCCUUCAUUAAACUGAUCUGCCCAAGUAUUUUCACAGUAGCAAAUGUUGAAAGAGGGACUCAAGACUGGCAAUUGGCUAAAUUAAGCUGUACACUGGUAUCACUGAUUAACUGUAAAUACAAUUAAAAAUGCUUUUUCAGUAUUUAAAAUAUGUUUAACUUAUUUGUUUUAAAGCUUAAUGCUAAAGGUUAUCCUAUCUUGACCCUUUAUGUGAAAUUUACUAGCAAAAUUAAACUUUAAUCAAAGUUCAUUGCUUUUGAAGUCAUAUAAUUUUCCUUCGUUUAGCAAAUUACAAACACAUAAUACUGUAGCAUUUGUACGCUGAGUAUCAAAAUCACUAUAAACUCCUACUUUUAGGUUUUAUUUCAUUCAGGCACAUUUUAUUGUUUAAAUGAUACUGAUUUGUAAUGUAUCAGCCUCAACACAUUGAAAUGCACAAGAGUUCAUGUUUGCAAUUUCUUUUCUAAAAUCUGUCUUCCAUUAGAAAUAUUGAUAAGUAACAAAUUAUCGGCCUGGAUCCUUUGGCAGUUGGCUUAACUCUGGCAUGUUUUACAAAAAGUAGAAACUAGAGGGGAACAUGACCAUUUAUUCACAAUAUAUCAAGGACAUCUUUUAAAAAUCGGUAGGAAAGAGAGUCUGUGUGAUAGUCUUAACACUGUUAACUUUCACUGUAUUGCCAGAUACACUUUUCCAAAUUCGUCCCAGCAGCCCCAUAAGCCAGCUUCCUUGUAUAUUUAUAAAUGUGAUAAAUGCAUGAAAACAUGUUAUUACAUUAGUGUAUUGCGUUAUUUAUUAUGGUCCUAAUUGAUGGCCUCAAUAAAUACUUUUUUU